UAUGCCAAUCGAGGAAAAUAAUAGUUCAAAAAGAAGAGGUGAUGGUCGUGGUAAAUGGUUUAAGAGAGGCAAUUACAGUAGGAGAGGAAAGAAUCAUACUUCCGAAUCGAAGCGAAAUCAUUAUAAGGACCAAUCUAACGAACAUCAAUCCAAGCAAUCUAAGAUGGAUGAUAUAUGUCCUUAUGCUGGCUGGCAUCAUUAUUUUGCUGGCCAAAAAUGCAUCGAAAAUCCAGGAAUUGAUCACAAAGUUAAAGUAUUCAUGGACUAUUUAGACGAAGCUGAUAAUGAAUUUGAUUUCUUAAAAAUCAAAACAAAUGAAUACUUUUUUAUCGAUUUCACUCAUUUAAUUAGAGAAGAAAACGUUAUAUCAAAUCGUUUACCAACAAUAGCUGAUUUAUUUCAAUCGAAUCCAUCGUUAAUUAUUAAUUGCCUUGGAUUGGCUAUGCAUCAAAGAAUUUUGAAUUAUCACGAGAAAGUUUUCUCAAAAAAAUGUACCGCGCCAAAGAUUUAUGCUAGAAUUAUAAAUUUGAAACCCUUAUCACUUAUUACUGAUAUUCAUCAUAAAACUCUUGGUAGAUUUAUAAGUAUAAGGGGUGUGGUUGUGUCAGUUGGAAAUAAUAAGCAGUAUACAUUACAAAUUGCUUAUAGAUGCGACGAGUGUAGAAUGAUAGCGGUUGAACAGUGCCAUGAUGGAAGAAUUCAAGAACCUAUUGACUGUCCGAAUGUAGACUGUAGAAGUAAAUCAUUUACGCCUUUAUUAAAUAGUCGACAAACUAUAUGUACCGAUUUACAAUUCAUCAGGGUUCAAGAAGUAGAGAAAGAAGAAAGUGUUAAAGCAAGUGAUAUUCCUAGAACAAUAGAAUGCCAACUUCUUAAUGAACUUGUGGAUUCUUGUAUUCCGGGAGAUUUAGUAGAAGUAACUGGUAUCGUUAAAGUACAAGAUAUAGAGCAAGGGAAGGGAAAGGGACGAUCGCAAAAUUCACUUUGUUUUUAUUUGGAUGUGAAUGCCAUCGUAAACGAAAGAAGCAAUGAUAGUCCUCUCUCAUCUAUUGAUGUCUAUUUUUCCGAAAAUGACCUUCAAGUCGUAAGAGCUAUUCACUCUGAAAAGAAUAUCUUUAGAUUAUUGGUUAAAUCGCUUUGUCCAAUGGUCUAUGGACAUGAUUUAGUAAAGGCUGGAUUAGUUUUAUCAUUGUUUUCUGGAGGUGGUGAUUAUGAAAAUUCAGUCCAAACGAAGAAAAAUAUAAUUCCUUCUCGAGGGUCUAUUCAUAUUUUGAUAGUUGGUGAUCCUGGUUUGGGCAAGAGCCAAAUGCUUCGAAGUAUUGCCUCUGUUGCAAGCCGAAACGUUUAUGUCUGUGGUAAUUCUGCAUCUUCAUCAGGUUUAACGGUAACUGCUCGCAAGAGUGGCGAUGGCAAUGACUAUACAAUGGAAGGAGGAGCCCUUAUUUUGGCAGACAAAGGCGUUUGUUGCGUUGAUGAGUUAGAUAAAAUGUCAAAGCAGCAUCAAGCUCUCCUUGAGUCGAUGGAGCAACAAACUAUUAGCUUUUCUAAAGGAGGUAUAGUUUGUAAUCUACCAUCAAGAACUUCAAUUAUGGCUGCAGCUAAUCCGUCUGGUGGAGAAUAUAAGCAAUCGAAAACUGUGUCAGAAAAUUUACGAAUGGGAAGUGCUUUACUAUCAAGAUUUGAUCUAGUUUUUAUAUUAUUGGAUAGGCCGGAUGAGGAAACAGAUAGACUUUUGUCAUCUCAUGUUAUGCAAAUGCAUAACUCUGAUAUGGUUCAAGAUAUGCAAGACAUAGAAUUCAAUAAAAAGAAGAAAUCUUCUCGCUUACAUCGACAACUGAGGGCAAAGAAUGGAGAAAUCGAUUUAUUACCUGUCGAAUUAUUCCGAAAAUAUGUUGCAUAUGCUCGAAAAUUUGUUGCACCUAAACUCACCGCAGAAGCUGGCGAAGUUCUUCGAAAAUUUCAUGUUGAUUGGUUGGAAAAAUACAGUUCAGCCGAUUAUUUACCAAUAACUGCAAGACAGCUGGAGAGCCUGAUGCGAUUGGCUGAAGCCAGAGCAAAAGUCGACCUUCGAGAGGAAGUUACAGUAGAAGAUGCUAUGGAUGUUAUAGAAAUGAUGGAAUAUAGUCUCCUAGAUACGUAUUCUGAUGAGGAAGGAAAGGUUGAUUUCUCAAGAUCCCAAAUGGGAGUCGGACUAACCGGUCGCAGUCAGGUUAAAACAUAUCUGCAAAAAUUGCGUCAUUAUUUCGAUUCAACAGGAAAUAAGUUGUUCACUUUUAGAGAAUUAAGAAAUCUAGCUAAAAAUAUUGCUGAAGGACCUGAUUUUGGAAAGCUGAUUCAAAAAAUCAACGAUCACGGAUUUCUAUUGAAGAAAGGUAGCGAUUGCUACGAAUUGGUUGGAGCUGCCUAG